AUGAGCGAAAUAAAAAUAAAUGGGAAAGAUCUCGAUUUCAAUAGUAUAUUUCCCACUUGUAUAAAUGGAUUCAAUUGGGCGCCACAUCUUCAUACCGGAAAUCAGUUAUUUCAUAAACUUACAACGUUGUGUAGUGCGUUCCGUCUUGAAGUAACAAGUCAUACACUUAGUGAUCACAGUUUUAUUAAUAAUUGUAAUAUUCUUAGUCUAUAUUUGGAUCAUAUUACAAAACGUAUAAAUGAUGAUAAUAAAGAAGCAUGUUGCAAAUACUUCUAUUAUAAGCUAAAAAAAUAUAUACUAAAUAAUCGUGAUUGUAAUUGCAGUGGAUCUAAGGAUUGCUAUGAAAAACUUAUAGAAAAAAUUGGAAUUAAUUCCGAAGCACAAAUAUCUGAUAUAUGUUGGAAUCAUGUUAUCAAUAUUGACACUGAUACAUUUAGUACGUUGGAAAAACUUGAUAAUCUGUAUAGCACUUUUAACACAUUUAAUAAUGCUGCAUUACCCAACAAAUCUGACAUUUAUAAAUUUAUAUAUGCUUUGAAAGACUUAGAAAAAUCCAUAGAUAAAUAUCACGACAGUUUUAAAUUAUCACUACAACAGGCCAAUGCAGAUUAUAUAAGUUUUGUGAAGACAUUGGAAGAAAAAGGUCCCCAAGGGAAAAUCUUAUUAAUAUAUCUUAAACAGGAUGGCUACAUAAAUGGAAUAUUGAAAGUAGUUUUAGGAACGAAUGAAAAGGAAGAGUCUACAGAAGGAAACACGAAUAUUGGUGCAAUUAUAGACGCUUAUACAGAUUCUGGUGCAGGUACUGGCACAGGAAUAGUUAUUUUAACAUUUGCAAUAUUAGUAACUGUAUAUAUAUUGUAUAAGUAUACCCCUUAUUUUUCAUUUUUAAAACCAAGAGUAAGGAAAUUAAGAAAAGUGCUGAAAAAAAAUAACAAAAAUUAUCUGGAUUUUAUGGGUAGAUUUGACGUUGAAUACAAAAAUUCAAUUGAUGAUGAGCAUAAAAUAUCAUAUAGUUCAGCUAAUUAUAGGCACUAA